GUGCAUAAAAUGUAGAGUAAGACAUGUCCCUCUUCAAACAGGUGGCAUUGAAGUUUGUGGAUCAGUUGAAAAUUAAGAUGUGGGCUAAGAUGUUAGAAAAUGAGGAUGCACUACCACUGGAAAUUGCUCUGCUGCGUCAUGUUUGUCGCUCUCCCAGGUGCAAAGAGGUGACCCAACUGCUGGACUACUAUUGGUUCCCAGGGCCAGAGGGGGUGGGAGUUUAUCUUCUGAUUCUAGAGCGCCCAAUCCCUUGCAUGGACCUCUUUAAUUACAUGCAGGAAGAGAAAGGCUACCUAGAAGAAGGGAUGGCACGUCAAGUGAUGAAGCAGGUCGUGUCUGCGCUGCAACACUGCCACUCUAGGGGCGUGGUGCACAGGGACCUGAAGCCAGAAAACAUCCUCAUACAGAUGACCAAUUACAAUGUCAUGCUGCUAGAUUUUGGCUCUGCUUCUGUACUCAAAGAAGGACCCUAUACAGAAGUGGCAGGGACUCCAGAGUAUUUUCCUCCUGAGACUGUGCUGAAAGGGGAGUAUUUUGCCUUACCAGCCACUGUGUGGUCACUAGGGAUACUUCUGUUCCAGAUGGUGUGGGGUGAUGUUCCCUUCUACACUGAUGCCAGCAUUGCCAAGGCAACUCUUUACUUCCCACGUGGAAUAUCCAGAGAUUGUCGUCACCUGAUUCGCAGAUGUCUAUCUGUAUGUCCUCAUGACCGACCAACUUUGGAACAGAUCCAAGAGCACCCAUGGAUGCAAUAGAACUACACAAGAGUUCAAGCACUUUUCAUACAAUUAUUCAUGAAGCCAAACAAUAAACAA